AUGUGCCGCUCCUGCCCAGGAAAGCUGAGCUGCACCGAAGCGUCCAGCGGUGGCUCCAAGAAGCUGCACGCAGCCCCGAGCAAAACUGUCCACUGCACUAACGGCCGCAAGGGGCCACUCGCCUUCUGUCCUUUGAUUGCCACGGUUCAACAACUUUCUAGCUUCAAGGUUCUGGAAAUGUCUCCUGCCUUCGAGACACGGGCCGGCCGCAAGGAAGCGUACAUGAAAGGUAAACGCAGUCGCUUGGAAUCUAUGGAUGGCUUCGGUUUGGAGCAUCAUGGACCCGUUGCGAUGCUGCGCUCCGGUCGGAAGAGUCCUCAGCUGGCAAUACUGCUGCCAAUGCGAGGAUGUAGCUCCAAAGCCACAGCUACAGCUCUGCAGGGCGCUUUGAGACAAACUUGGAUUUUGGUGCACGGCAGCCCGAGGGCAGCAGUUGCAAUGCUUGUAAGUGCAGUGCUGUAA